AUUUUUAAAAUAUUGUAAUUAAGUUUAGUGGGGCGCUGCCUUCAUUAAUGACAGAAACGGAACUAUUCAGCUGCUAGUUUGGGGAAACAAGAAGAUCUGGCCCAAAGAAUUUCGAAACUAUAAACUGGAUCAAACUGGGGAUUAAAUCCCUUAGUGUACAGUGCUGGAUCAAGUUGAAGGGUUGUGACGAAUAUAUCACAUGGUCUAGGAUGGGGGAGAGAGGGAUUUUGCAAGAAAUCAUGGGGAUUCUGUAGCAUUAUCAAUUCAUUGUCAUGCCAAAGAUGGAAACAGAAAACUUGCCUAUGAUGAGAGGACUGGGAUAUAAAGCAGGAGAAGCAAGGAAUCCCUACUCAACUUCCUAUUCUGUUGGAGUGGGUCAAGGGCUAUUUCAUAAAGUGAAAAAGGAAGAUGAUGAGGACGAAGAUCAUGAAGAUCAUCUCUCAGAGUUUGAGAAAGACCAAGAGUACUUCAGCACUCUUAAUGUUGAACUAACAGCUGAUCAUGUUCCUCUGGGGGAAAUCCUUGAAAGGCUUCAGUCUGAUGAAGGAAAUGAUAGAAAUAAUUUUAUUAGGUUACAUGCUGUAACAGAUUCACAUUCUAACAUCUCGGCUACUCUCAAUGUUGCAACUCUAGAUCUAAGUACGCAUUCAACAUUCCAGCAGCAUAUAAGUGAAAUUCAGGACGUACUGCUGAACUUUAAAUCUGAUGCUCCCACCUCACCCAACUCCACCUCCUCCUCCCUCCUCUCUUCCCCCUCCUUCUCCCCCCAAGUAGUACCUGAAGUUAACUCCUUUCUGAAUAAUAAUAUCUUAAUCAAUAUUGAUGGUAAAUCUUUAUCCCACUGCUCAGCAAUGUCCCCUCAGCACUCAAAUCAUGGCUAUGAGAACAUGAAAUCUAGUCCUCAGGAAUGUAAUUUGUGCAAUAAGAUGUUUGGUAAUGCUUCAGCUCUGGCCAAGCACAGGUUGACCCAUAGUGACGAGAGAAAAUAUCUUUGCACUGUUUGUCACAAAGCAUUCAAGCGGCAGGACCAUUUGAACGGGCAUCUGUUAACACAUAGAAAUAAGAAACCGUUUGAGUGCACUGCAGAUGGUUGCAAUAAGAGCUAUUGCGAUGCAAGAAGUUUAAGACGCCAUAGAGAAAAUCAUCAUUCUUCCAAAGAUGAGAAAAUGGUUUCUCCUGAUAGUUCUGUGUCAAGCAAUGUUGAUAUGGAUGAGAAAUCAAUGGGAUCUGACAGUUUCGACAGUUUACGAAACUCUAAACCAUACAAACCAGGCCAGGAUAAGGAUAAGGCACUAAUCAAGCCUGAACUUCAAGCCUUGAAUAUCCUUGAGAAAUACAUAAGAAACGACAAGGAAAGCUUCCAAAAUAGCUCUAAGCUAAAACCUGCAGCUCCAACAAUCCUACACGGGCCUAGUCAGCAGUCUGAUGUAGUGGUAAACAUGGUAGAAUGUUCUAUAUGUUCAAGAAGAUUUAAAAAUAUCCCUGCUCUAAAUGGUCAUAUGCGACUGCAUGGUGGUUACUAUCGAAAGGACAAUGAGAAAAAGCAGGAAAUCAGAAUUUUCCAGUCUGAACCUAUGUCAAAUCAUACAGUAAGCAACAAUGUCAAGAAUCUCAUUGAAGAAAAGAUUAUUCAAAAACGCAAACUUGAACCUGUUUUAACUAGGACCAUGGGUUCUAGUUCUGAUGCUAAGUUUCAAAGUCUAAAUGUACCCUCAUCCUCUUCCUCCCAUACCCAGUGCUCAACCAGUGUAUCAGGUUCAUCUGAACCUCCAUACAAGAGGAUCAAUCAGAAACCUUCUGCUCUAGACAAUCUUGUAUUUCCCAUCUUGCCGCAGCCAGACACUUAUAAGCUAUUGGCUAACCUACAAAACAAACAGUCAGAGAUGGGAGGCUUUCUUCCCGCUCAACCUCUUCCAAAUGUACCUUUACCCAGCAGUAAAUGUUAUAACCCGGUGAAAACUAAUGAUACACAUGUUAAAUCCGCACAUAUGUAUAAUUUGCUCAAAGUUGACAACAAGCAUAAAACUCCCAGGUUAGGGGCUGAAUAUCAAGCAGUGGUCCCAGAUCUGGAGAUUCGAACGACUGAAGACAAGUAUGGAGUUCUUCCCAGGGAGACCCAGAUGUGGAGUCCGGCAUCAAGCAAUGAUUUAUCACAAUCCCAAAUAGAUGUUUAUAUAAAGUUCUGUUUGAGUUCAGCAGUUUCUGUUGCGUUGACAGCAGAAAGUGCUCUUCAGGUUCUAAACUGGAACAACGGAGAUAUCAUGAGAGCAACCCAGGAGGUUGUUAAUGGUGCCCUGAGCAAACAGGAGUCCCCUCCUGCAGCCUGGACUCCGGAUCAUGUAGACAUGUUCUAUGAAGCUCUGUGUAAACACAAGAAAAAGUUUAACAAAAUAUCCGAUGAUAUUCCCGGUAAGUCUAGCAAAGAUUGUAUCGAAUUCUACUAUUUUUGGAAGAAUCUCUGUCGGGAAGAAAGUCAAAGUUUUAAAUCGAUCAUCAGUUCUGUUGAGGACCCAGAGCCCAAUCUUCUUUUGUGAAACCUGAGCUUGCUCUGACUAAACCUUAUAUAUCUCAGUUGACCCUUAUUCUUGCCAGGAUACAGCGUGAAUCCAUUGCAAGUUUAGCAGGGUAUCUGUUUGUAGAUUUAUAAUUAUCUAAACCUAGUAAAUUCUGUAUAUGUGUACCCCAUCCCAGUGAACAUUGUUGUAUAUCACCUUUUCUAUUCAUCUUCAUCUUAACCCUUUUUGUCUUUAUUAUAGAAAGAUGUCCCUCCCCCAUUUUAUAUUUUUAAAUUUAUUCAUAGUUUUUAUAAUAUUAGAGUUUAGUUUAGAAUUCUCUGUUUUAAAAUGAAAUAUUUGUUCAGUCUAAGCAUACAGUUAGACAAUCAUCUAAACUUGGACAAUAAUACUGCUUAGUGCAAUAUAACUGUAAUGUUUGAAGAAAACUAGCAAUAGUGGCUGGACCAUGUGUGGUGGUUAUACCAUUGAUUUUUACCCCAGUCAAAAAUUUAGUUAAAGGGAUUGAAAGCGUAAUUUUAAGUAUUAUCAAGUAUUUAUUAGAUAUCAAUGUUUGUCAUUACUGAUCGAAUAAAGGUUUCAUGAGUACCGGUGUGAAUCGGGCGUUGCCAUCUGUGCAUGGUGAGUCACUUGAAAUAAUACACUUACAGUCCCUUUAAAUUUAAUUUUUUUAAUCAUUUAUUCCGUUUUUUAUAAAUAGUUGUGCCAUAUGUAAACUCAAUGAUCUCAAGAUUUACUAUUUUAUUGUUUUGUCUCCUAAAUUUAUGCGACUUCUCAAUGCAGAAACUAAAACUGCCGUUUUAUUAUUUAUCAAGUAUUCAGCUGCAAUUUUUCAUUCUUUGCAUCCACUUUACAAACCAGCUCAUAAGUGUUUUAAAAUUAGGAAAUUUAAGAACAUUUAAUCUUGUUUGAAAAGUCAAUUUUUUAUGCUUCUAAGUAAAGAAAUUUAAUUCAAGUUAAGAACCAUUUAAAUCAAUACUAAGUUUACCGACUUAAAAGAUAAUUUUUUUUUGUACUCAAUGAUAAAAAAUUUGUACUUAAUGCUGAAUCAGUUCAAUCCUUUGUACUACGCAUAAAGUUAUUAUCAACCCAGUUGCUCAAUCCGUAAAAUUAUUUAAUUUUUGUUUAUUACCUCGAUACCAGGAUUAUUUAUAUUAGUGACAAAUGGUUACUAAAAUGGAAUUGUUUAUUGAAUUAGCUAAUUUUAGUCUAGCUGUUAGUAUGUGGAAACUGGAAACUUUUAACUUUUAGUUAGCAUGGAAAAAGGUUAAAGCCAUAAUGGGAAGCAUUAAGGGAUGGGAAAGGGUUUAAGCUUGUAUGGGAAAAAUAUUAGAUACGCAUGGGAACUUGGGAAGGUUCUGUUAAAAUUUUAAGUUAUAAAGAAUUAUUGUUAUAAAAAGGGAAUGAGGAUAGAAGUAGAGAUGGUAUCUUGUUCAUACAAUCAUCAUAUUUCAAUCUUUUUCUGUCAGAUCUAAAUUGAUUUUUAAUAUCUCAUUUGAGAAAAUACAUUUAUAUAAAUUGUUUAAAUUAUGAAUUUUAUAUUAUUGUUCUCAAAUUUAUAAUGCAAGACUAGUACAACAAUUUUUAUAGUAUUUAAAACAAUUAAGUUAAACCUAGUGCAAAGACAAGUGUUUUAAUAAUUCCUUAAUCUUGUAUAGUUUUAACUCAGUGUCCCUUUCCUUCCCUGACUUUGCUCUAUUUAACCCCUCAACGUAUACUUAUAAAUUUUCUUAUUAUAAAUGAAUGUAACUAAACUUGCAAAAAUCAAAUGCAUAAAUUUUUUUAAAUUUUUCAUCUAACCCUUGUACAAGGUGUACACUGUACAAUGAAUGUACUUAGUAAUAAAUGUUUCUGUACCAGUGUGUCCACAGCUUUUACAGAUAUACCACGAGAUGCAUUAUUUUUUUGUAUCUUUUUCAUGACUUGUAAACCUUUUUAUCCGUUAAACUCUCCUUUUGGGGUUUACACGUUAAGGUUAUCAUGUAUUAAGAUUCAAAACAGGUGUUUGUUGCAUAUCAUGUCUUAUCUUUAAAGUCUGUGGUCAACCCCCUCUCUCGUCACCCGACUCUUGAAUCUGGUAAAUGUGAUAAAAAAAUAUAGUUUAUUAGUAACAUAAAAUUAUAUUAGAAUAUCGUUUAGUUCUCUAUAUACUGCUUUCAUCAACAACUGUUUCAGUAUUACCCCACUCAACUACCAUUGUACUGCACUGUAACCAGUGUACUGUACUGCACUGAAACCGGUUAUGUCAUUUGACCGGCCUAGUGUGACCUGGGUCAAAGCCCUCGCCCUUCAACCUGUUACAUUCUUGCUGUAUUCAAAAUUUGAACAAAUAAUUUUAGAAUUAUUUGUUAAAAUUUUUAUCUUUGUUAGGCCUAGGAACUGUUUAAUUAUACUCUUAUCCUUGUUAAAUAAAAACCUGCGUCUUUCA